GCUGGGGACAAAGCAGGGCCCCCCCACCCCGGGGUGUUUGUGGAAAGAGCCCACGUGGCUUCACCUCAGUUACAGAUGCCCACAGCAUCCUCAAAAGCCAAGACAGACCUUACCUGAGUUUCAUAAUUAAGAAGCGACAGGGUCACUACAGCUUAGGCUUUUGGCCUUGGCGAUUUUUAUCAACUUUCCUCAUUCAGUAUUUAGUGAUACGACAAACUACAUCUCUACAGCCCGCCUGAGGAAUACCGACCAUUAAUCUCCUUAUACAUUUGGCACCGAGGAUCAUCUUUUCCUCCCCGUCUUCGCAGGAUAAAGACAUUACAAAGGAUGAAAAGUUGCUUCAAGCAAGCGGCACAGUAAUGCUGCAGCUGUAAAAAACGCAGGGAAGAGUUGUUCCCCAAAAGCAGCUGUAAAAUUUCUCAUUUCUACAAGAAUAGUGUACAGGCAGUUUUCAUGCUGCAACAUCAAGGUUGCAGGGGUAAAUCAUGGAAGUACCUUAUUGUGAUAAGCUUCUCCCCUCUGCUUUUUCUUCUCUGUUGUUAUUUCCACAGGGAGAAGGUAACUUCACUUACUGUCCAGCAACAGGCCUAGCUAAAGGAAAUGAGCACUCGGAAUUUGCUGGCUGGGCAUUUCCAUUUCCAGGAGUGUUUCUGGUGGAGGAGUUCAUUAGCAAAGAUGAAGAAUCUGAGAUAGUUAAACUGAUGGAUCAAGAUGACUGGAAACCAUCACAGUCUGGCCGAAAGAAACAGGACUAUGGACCCAAAGUGAACUUCAAGAAACAAAGGCUGAAAGCUGGCAGUUUUACCGGUUUGCCAAGUUUUAGUAAAAACAUUGUGGCACAAAUGAAGACCUGCUCUGUACUAGGCAGUUUCUUACCUGUUGAACAAUGUAAUCUGGACUACAUGCCAGAAAGAGGUUCUGCCAUUGACCCACAUUUUGAUGACUGGUGGCUUUGGGGAGAGCGUCUGGUUAGCCUGAACUUGCUCUCAAAAACUGUGCUAUCCAUGUCUUGUGAUUCAGAGGACAGUAUCCAAUUAUUUUCCACUUGCAGUAAAGAAAAUGGGGAAUUAUGUCCCUCGGGAUUGCUUACAGAGACAUCAGCAUGCAAACAUUCAGGUGAAGAGGGAACCAACUGCAUUUUAUCCCCAAGCCUUGUUCCAAGUAAAGACGUGACUGUUGCCAUUGAGUUACCCCGAAGGUCUCUGGUGGUGCUGUACGGUGACGCACGGUACAAGUGGAAACACGCGAUUUACCGCAGGCACAUAGAGCAUCGCCGAAUCUGUGUCACGUUCAGGGAGCUGUCUGCAGAGUUCAGUGCUGGAGGGAGGCAUGAGGAACUGGGGAAAGAACUGCUAGAAAUAGCCCUUUCCUUUCAAGGAAGACCAGUGUGAUAAGCAAGAAGCCGCUGGAAUUGCAUUUUGUUAGGAAAUUUGAAAAAUAAGGAACAGAAUUUGUACGACUGUUCAUUUCUGAACUGCAGGUAAGGAACAGGGUGUGUACAGAGAUAAGCCAAUCAAAUGGAAAUUUAAGAAACAGAAAUGAGACUACAAGGAAGGGGUGUGAUGCUUGUUUCUUCGAAGACUCUCCUGGGCAAUGGGAGCUUUUAGGCAAAAGCCAGAAAUGAGCUGUUGUGUUCAUUGUAUCAAAAGGCAAAAAGCAAAUAACCAGUUUUUAAAUACUUAAAUGAAACCAAGAAAGAAAGUUAGAAUCAUUAAACUGAACUGAGUAUCAAACUGCCCUUGGCACAAAUUCAGCCCAAGCCCUGCAGCAGAUUUUGACCUUUCCUGGCCCAUACUCGAUACUGUCAUGCUGCUGUUAGUGUUGCACUGUGCCCUAGGGACACAACUAUCUUCUCACCCACUUCAAAUAGGUCCUUUAGAGAUCAGCUCUCCAGGGAAGGAGGGUAAGCAAGCAUCGCUCCACAGAUAGUACAACACACUGAGAACUAAUUAAAGUAAUUAUCCUUUGCUGAAGAUUCAUGCUCUAACAGUGAGGAUUAAUCAUAAAUACCACGUGUGACCUAUAUCUUCUGGGACUGAGGAGCAGAAUUUGCAGAGGGUCGAUGCUGACUCUUCUGUGUAGACAGCCUGGACUGAGUUCAGACCAAAGACUUGCACAGACUGUGUUAUUUUCUGAUAAUUUGUCAUCUCUGAACCCCGCUGUCAACUCUCAGUAGCAAGAGUCUGAUUUUGGGAAUAAGCUGGGCAACAGACUGCAACACUGGCGGCUAUCAUUUUUUUUCUUGGCACCUCCAGCAGUCAGGUUUGAAUCAUGACUCGUACCUAAGACUCAAGUAGUCAUUUGUAGCAGAAGCUGAUCUGCGGCCAUCUGUCUGCUCUGAACAAACUUCUGUGCUCUUGAAAAUGAAGUUGUGCUGUGAAAGAGGUGUGAUCUUUUAAUAAACACAGAUGUGUCAUCAAAACCAUUCAGCGCAGUCACACCUACAGCAAUAAAACAAAACUUUGCAAUGCUGCCUGCUUUUGGUCGGUAAAGAAAGAGGGGACACAUAUUACGUGGGAUCUUGGUGUCCCUCCGCAGGUGUAUCCUGCCCUAGCAGUACUUCCUUGGCACACUGCACAGGUUUUACUGUAUAGUCAUGCACUCGUGCCAUAGACACUGCUCCCCAUUUCAGGCACUGCCGGAGAGGGAGCUCUUCACCCAAGAAAACAGUUACUAGAAAUGAGCGAACCAGUUUCUGUUUAGCCUAGUAUUUAAACAGCUGUGGACAUUGUCGAUGCUGAUGAUUCCAAGAGGGAUCCAUGAGCAGGGCUCCUGGGGGCAGUUUUAAAUCCCAAACCUCCACCCAGGCCGGCGAGCGGCACCUACGAGCUCCUGCAGCGGCUCUGGCAGACACCACACGCUCCCUCUGACGGAACCCAUCACGGCCAAUGCAGCCAGCCAACACGCAGCAGGCAGGCCACACUUGUUCCACAGCCAGCUUUAUCCCAGGAAUUUUCUCACAGGCUACCAGCCCACUCCCAAAAGCAGGUCCUCGUGCUCUCAAAACAGCAGUUUCUAACCUUUUUCCAGCAGAGUGGUGUGACCAGCAUCGUGCUGCUGCUGUCGGAGGCUUGGCAGCUGUGGUGAGCGUGAGGCCCCCAGACCAGCCCCUGGAGCUGCCGCCGGAGCAGAGGCCCUUGGUCCGGGCAGGAGGAUGCUGCUGGCAGCGUGUGGGAGCUCAGCACAAAGCCAUGCUAUGGAAGGAAACCCAGGGAGCUUCCACAGAGAAAGCGUUGAGCCCUUACCCUCAUCACCCGUCCAGCACUAAGCCUCUCCAGCAACCUGCUCGUUGCUCAGCAAACUGCGGCAAUCAAAUAUUUCCAUUAAUGUUUGGCCCUUAUUUUCACUGCUCCCUCUUAGAUUUAUAUUGUGCUUUCAGCCUAUUAAAAUACUUUCUGUGUGCAUACCUGCUGUUUCAUUCUCUCUGCAGUGAAAGCAGAUGAUGGCUUCUGAUGAAUCAGUGCCACAAUAACAAGAUACACAAUAUUAGUUCAUUUUGUGCUCUGCAUUUGUUAGCUGAGUUUUUCUGCCUUGACUGAACUAUGUGGAAAGCUGCUGUUCUUGCCAGAAAAUUUCGGCUCUUCCUAGUUGGUACCUUAAAUCUGAAAAAAUGCUAAUAAUUAAACACUGAGCCAAAACCUGAGGGCUUUGUCUAGAUGUUUUUGAAGUCCAAAACUUAAUGUAGUCACUGUGCAGUCAUUGCUGUCUGUCUUUUGACAUCUUUCUCCUGUUAAACAGUCUCUUGGGCACCAUCUUAUAUCAAAAUGCAAUUACAUACCCAUCAGUUUUGUAUUACUUUCUAAAACUUUAUGUACAUUCUCUCCUAAAAAGCCAGAACUGUAGUGCUGCAGAACAUUAACAACUGGUUUCAACUGCCAAGUAUCAUAGCAAUCUGAGAAAAGUAUAAAGAGGUUUUAGUCUUAAUUAAUUAGCUCUUAAGAGUAAUUUUAGUCACUGUGCUAGUAUUAUUAAUGUAAGAAACUUUAACAGUCUUCAUGUUAUAGGAAUUCCUAUCACAGCUCUUUAUCUCCUUAGCCAAGAUUAGCACUUGUAAAACACAUGCCCUUGUUAAAAGGAAGCACAUCUAAUUGUUAUCUACUUGUGUAU